UUUAAUCUAUUUUUACUUCCAACACAAACAGCAAUGGCUAAAUCACCUGUCUCACUUCCCCUUCUCUAUUUUCUCCUCCUUUUGUCAUUUAACUCUGGGAUCUUGCUGAAGUUGGCCAAUGGACAGGUCAAAAAAUGGUGUGUUGCAAAGCCUUCCACUGAUGAUAAAGCACUGGUUUCCAACAUAAACUAUGCCUGUGAACAACUUGGAAUCCUUGGAUUCAACUGCAGCCAGAUACAACCAGGUGGAGCAUGCUAUGAUCCCAACACUUACAUCAACCAUGCAUCGUCUGUCAUGAAUUCUUAUUACCAGGCCAAUGGUCGUCAAGAACAUAACUGUAACUUCCAGGGUUCUGGUCUCAUCACUAUAUCCGAUCCAAGCUAUGGAAACUGCCAGUAUCCAUGAAGGGUCUAAAAUGGAAGAGAAGUUCUGCAUGUGUGAAGGUUUCUGGGUUUAGUGUGUAAUAAAUGUGUCAACAUUUUAUUUACAUUUAGGAGAUUGAUUUCUGUAGUAGGUGCUUUGUGUGCUUAUAUAUGAUGAAUACAGUUAUGUUUUUAUCAUAUAUGAUAUUUAUAUGAUAGAAUAAAAUAUAAUUUUUACUAA